AUGCAGAGACUUGCCCUAGAAAGGCUUAUAUACCUCUUCCCCUGCAACCUAGUCAUAAUAUUCAAGGAUUUGGUUUUGUACUUUGCUCCAAAGCCUUUGGAAAGACCGCCAGUUGAAAAUAAUACUGCCUACGCCCGUUACAUUAACCCUAUUAUGGGUACUGGGAUUAGUAGGACGUUUCUGCAACUCUCUGUAACCAGUCAGCUAAUGCCAGACAGCUGGUAA